GCUGUCCACUGGUAUUUAGGGUGGGGUAUUGCUUGGAAGGGGCCAUCAGAGAGCUCCGACAACUUCACAUAAACUUCUUUCGAUUGUUUCAUUCCCUUGACUUGAACAAGCGCUGAGGCCAGUCUCUCCUGGUCUCAGUUAAAGAUAUUACAGAAACCAUGGAACAGCAGUAUCCUAGCAACGAGAAGAAAAUAGUGAGAGACAGCCACACCAAAGAGAUUGACUUGAUAAACAGAGACCCAAAGCAGAUCAAUGAAGAUGUCAUAAAGGUGGAUUUUGAAGAUGUUAUUGCUGAGCCAGAUGGCACCCACAGUCUGGAUGGAGUGUGGAAAGUGAGUUACACCACCUUCACUGUCUCCAAGUACUGGUGCUACAGAGUGCUGUCUGCUAUCUUCGGCAUCCCCAUGGCCCUGAUUUGGGGAUUCCUGUUUGCUUGCAUCUCUUUCUGCCACGUCUGGGCUGUGGUGCCGUGUAUUAAGAGCUACAUGAUUGAAAUCCAGUGUGUCAGCAGGAUCUACUCCCUCUGCAUCCAAACCUUCUGCGACCCCUUCUACGAGGCCCUGGGCAAAGUCUUCAGCAGCAUUCGUGUUGCUCUGCGCAAAGAGGUUUAACCAGCCCCUCACACAUCACCUGGAUGGAUCAGAUUCUGAGCUCAGGGGUCACGUUUUGUUGACAGCUGCUCUGCUUACAACCUUGGGACUAGAACACUGUGAUCCAGUAGAAAAGGAAAACCAAAAAUCAGAUCAUAAUAGCGAUAAUAUACUCUAUAGAGGGCAUCACUGCUAAAUCAUACCAGGUAAUGCCCACUGCAUGAUGUAUUGCUACUCUAUUUAAGUAUGGUACACUAUAUUCCACUUCAUAUGGUUAAUUGUUCAUUAUGUGUAAUAAUGUUUUUGUUUUUUUAAUUCUUAAAACAGCUUCUUUAAAAAAAUAAAAUUCUAUGGUCUUUC